AUGUGGUGGCAACAACGCGUUUCCGACAGCGAGUGUGGUGGUGGUUUGAGAAUGUUGUUUUUUGCAACUGAAAAAGGUGUGUUUAUCAGCACCUUCCAUGCGUUGAUUACCAGAGCUGUUGAAAUAGCUAUAAGAGUUCAUCACAAAUGGAUCGUUCUUACCAACAAUAACGAGCAAUUGGAACUCAUAUUUUUUGAUAAAUAUGAGAAGUACUUGCAUGAUGGUUGGGACGACGAGCUUGAUUCUUACAUUCUUAAUGAAGGCUUGGUAUGUGAUGAACUCGAGGAUGUUAUGGAAAUCAGAGGGAACAUAGAGGACUAUCAUGGCUGUGAUUUUUUACCUAGUAAUGGUUUGAUUACGUGGUAA